UAUAAAUAUUCUCUUGGUAUUUUCUUCUUUUGUCUUCAUAACAAAAACCAUCAUCAUAUCACUGGCUUUAGAGCAAUUCAUCCACAAGGCAACAUGACCUACAACCUCACUGCCAAAGAAGCACAGCCGGCCCGCUGGCUGCACCUAAACGGCACUCCGGACCAGAUCCUCGACCGAUACUGCGUCAGCGAACUACUCAGAGGCUGGCCGGUGUACCGCGAUGCCUCAGAAUGGAAGAACUACCGCGCGUGCUUCGCAGACGAUGCCUACGUGUUUAGCACAUGGAGCGGCGGCCUCCCCAUCGACGACUUCAUCCAAAGCUCCAAACAAUCCCGCGCCAACGGCGACUUCGUCAUGCACCGCGAAAACGGCAUCCUCGUCGACCUAAACCCCAGCACAAACCGCGCAGUCGGCAAAAUGAAAGCAACCAUCAGCCAACGCUUCACCGACCCCGCCACAAAAAUAGAAUACGAUGUUGACUGCGAUGCCCGCUUUAUCAUGUGGUGCGUUAAGAAAUCGCUUCCGCGGAGAGCCGGGAAUCCGGUCCCCGGGACGGGUCUGGGUCCGCGUGCGAUCUCGGGCGGUUGGAAGGUGCAGUACGUCAAGCUGUUUUAUGAGAAGGACAAGGUUGUGCCUGUGGAUGGGAAGAAUGUGCCUGAGUUUUCGAGGGAGGAGUUGGAGAAGUUCCCGUAUGGGUAUCGGUAUUUGGCGGCCGCGCAGGCGAGGGCUGGGAAGGAGAUUUCGGCGGAUAUGCCGACGUUGGAGGAUGGUGAGAGAUUUUGGGAGAUGUAUCAGGCGAUGGAGGAGUGGUUGAAUGGGGAGGAUGUUCCGAAGAGAUUGGGAAUUAGCAAGUAGACUUGUGUAUACAGAGUAGAUAGUGUGAAUAGAGCUGGGCGG